AUGGAUUUCGUGACACCCAUGCCGAAGUCAGAGCGGGGAAAUACUUUCUUGCUCUUAUUCCAAGAUAUGUUCUCAGGAUUCGUGAUGUGUAAACCAAUCUCUUCCACGACAGCCCAGGAUGUAGCCGAAGCAUAUGAGGAACGGGUGUUCAGGAUGUUCGGUGCUUCAGAAAUGAUCCGCCACGAUCAGGACCCAAGAUUCAUGAGUGAAGUUUUCACUCGAUUCAGGGAACUCCUGGGCAGUCGUCAGAGAUCCACCCUGAGUUACCGACCCCAAGCGAAUGGACAACAAGAACGUUCUGUUCAGACUGUUAUCUGGAGCGUGCGAGCAUAUGUUGCCGAGGCAGACCAGUCAGAUUGGGAUGAUCAUGCCGAGCGACUGAUGUUCGCCCUGAACACCUCGUUUGACGCGACCCGCCUGGACACACCAUUCUACCUAGUCCAUGAUUGGGAUGCUCAAGGCACCGUAUCUUCCAUGCUGGGGUCUAAGCCGUCCAGCCUUCCAGAACGGACCGCGUAUGAAUGGAGGAGAAAGUUCCAACGUGACUAUGGUUAUGCACGAGCAUGUGCCCAGGACUUACAGAAGAAAGCGAAACGCCUGAGAUCAGAAGCUCAGACCCGGAAGUGGAGAGAACUUUCAGAACGUCUGAAGUCUGGAUUCGAAAGGGGCGACGCAGUGUGGUUGUAUAUACCCAAAGUGCAAUCAGGGCUGAGUCGCAAGUUGGCACACCUGUGGCAUGGUCCUUUCAGAAUUGACGAAGGUGAAGUUGAAAAUCGACGGAACUGGAUAUCGCGUGAAUCCCUGGGUACACGUAAGUCGUCUGAAGCCACAAUCGAUGAAAUCACCCUGUAUGAAAAUGAUGACCUGGAAGCGGAAUUGCUGCCUGAAGACAGUUGGGAAGCAAACAACCAGGAUGGUGAGUACGAAGGGGAACAAAUCCUGGAUCUUCGAUGGAAUAAACGCACCCGCACAUCCAGGAGGACGAGAGAGUAUCUUGUCAAGUGGAAGGGGUACGUCGAUCCCGAAUGGAUACUACUGUCGCAACUCAACUGUGGAGCCCUGUUGUAUGAAUUCAACCAAGGCGACAGAGCCAGAGCACGCUUCAGGGCGAUGCAGGCUGGUGACGACCAUCCCCGAAUCUAG